AUGGCCGAUAUUAUUGCAUCACCUACUCCACAGAAGAAGGUAUUUGGAAAUUUUUCAAAUAAAAAGCAGAAGUCACCCAUGUUGUCUCCUGGAAAUCGACGCCGAAAAGAGGUUGGUGAUUAUUGGUUGGGAAAAACAUUGGGCAGAGGUUCAUCAGGUCGUGUUAAAAUUGGUAUCCAUAAAAUUACAGGAGAAAAAGUGGCUAUCAAAAUUAUACCUAAAGCUCAUUUAGCUACCAACGCGUCAGUUGAAAGGGCGGUAAAAAGAGAAAUUGCAGUUAUGAAACUAAUAAAUCAUCCAAAUAUCAUGAGCCUAUUAGAUGUUAUUGACUUGUCUGAUUCACCAAAUUUAUAUUUGGUCUUAGAAUUUGUUGAAGGAGGAGAAUUAUUUGAACAUUUAGUUUCUAAAGGAAAAUUAUCAGAAUCAGAGACUAGAAAGCAUUUUCAACAGAUUAUUAUUGGUUUAGAUUAUUGUCACCGUCAUUUAAUCUGUCAUAGAGAUCUGAAGCCAGAAAAUUUACUACUUGACCGGAAUAAAAAUAUCAAAAUUGCAGAUUUUGGGAUGGCUUCCUUACAACCUACUGGCCAAAUGUUAGAGACUAGUUGCGGAUCGCCACAUUAUGCAAGUCCAGAAAUUGUGAAUGGCAUUCCUUAUAAUGGUUCAGCUUCUGAUAUUUGGUCUUGUGGGGUUAUAUUAUUUGCUUUAUUAUGUGGACAUUUACCAUUUGAUGAUGAUAAUAUACGUCAACUAUUGAACAAAAUGAGUCAAGUACAAUCUCAUCCUUGGUUUACUGUUGAUCCUCCUCCUAAUAUAACUACUUUACCUGACCCACCAACUGCUGAAGAAAUUGGACGACCAAUAGCAAGUUCAUCUGAAAUCGAUGAUCGAAUUUUAGAAACACUUAAAGUUUUAUGGACAGACUUAUCAACUGAAAAUGUCAUUAAAGCUUUAUUAAAUUCUGAGUACAAUAUGCAAAAAGUGACAUAUGUAUUACUUCAGAGACAUGCUACUUCUUAUUGGCAACAAGAAAGGGAUGAUGAUAUUCGAUCAGUAUCCUCACCAGCAAAACGACGUCGUCCAGCUACAAUAUGUGCAGUACCAAAUGGAAAAGAAAUAUUCUUAGGUUUAGAUCAUAUAAUGUCAAACUUAGGUGAACAGGAUAAGACGCCAAAAUCCAAUCAAAUGGCAUUUAACAUUCAUCAUAAAGUAUCACCUCCACUUGCAUUAUCUCAAGAUUCUAACAGCAGAGCUUUAAAUUCUGCUGCUUCUCCAAUGGAUAUUGAUGAUAUCCCUUUGCCUGUAAGACCUAAAUCUGUCACAAUUCGUACUGAAAAAGUACCUAAUACACAAAAUCAAUGGACUUUUUCACCCGUUAUACAACGUCGUCGAAACAUAUGGUAA